AACUACUCUAACCCAAGUUGGCAAUAAAUAUACUUUAUUGAGAAAAUUACCAAUAGAGCGAAUGGAGCUCACUAGAACAAAUAAAGUAAAUGAAGUGAAUAGAGCCAAUGAUACUAAUAGAGAACCUAAUAGAGCCAGUGAAGAACCCAAUCAUCCUAAUGAUAAACAGAUCAAACAGAUCAAUGUCAAUAGAGUUGGUUGGCUUCUAUUGGCUUCAUUUAAAAAUUAUUCUCAAUGGAGCAAUGGAGCAAUAUCAAUGGAGUUGUUCUCUAUUUGUUCUAAUAGAUAA